AUGACUCUCACCCGCUCCUUCGCAUCCUCUGUCCCCCGCAAGUCGGCAGCGCCCCAGAAGCCUCUCUACGCCUCCCAGGCAUCCAUCCCCCACCUCCCCGUCCCAACCCUCUCCUCCACGCUCCACAAGUACAUCGAGUCGCUCCCACCUCUACUGUCGCCUGAAGAGCUGGCAAAGUCGGAGAAGGCAGUCAAUAAGUUUCUCCAUUCGGACCAGGCGAAGAAGCUCCAGCAAGGCCUCGAGCGGAGAGCUGCCGAGAAGGAAUCGUGGUUGAGCGAGUGGUGGAAUGAGGGGGCGUAUAUGGGCUACAGGGGUAGGAUCAUCCCGAAUGUCAACUACUUUUACACCCACAAGCGUGGGCUUGGACAGGGUAAGGGGCAGACCGAGCGCGCUGCCGAGCUCAUCCGGGCGACUGUCGAAUUCAAGAAGCUUGUUGACAGUGAGGCGCUAGAGCCCGAGAAGACCAAGGCGGGACCACUCUGCUCUGCUUCUUACGUCAACCUCUUCAAUUCUGCCCGGCAACCCACCAAGCCCUCCGACCUGCCCAAGUCUUUCGGCCCUGACAACCACCAUAUCGUGGUCCUCCGCAACAACAGGUACUUCAAGGUCGACACCAAGGGCCGGGGUAAGAAGGAACUGCAAGAGGCGUUCGAAAAGGUGAUAAAGAUUGCCGAUCAGAAGGAAGGUAGCGGCCUUGGUAUCUUGACCGCCGACGACCGAGAUCUUUGGACCGAGACCCGUGAUCAUGUCAUCUCAAUGUCCACCGCGAACAAGAAGUCUAUCGAGACUAUCGACUCUUCCAUCCUCCUUCUCUCGCUCGACUCUGCCCCUCCCGCGUCUGCCGUUGGCGAUGAUGCCAGAGCUUGGUCUCUCUGGGCUGGUGGAAAUGACGAGUUUGGCGGCAACCAGGGCAAGGGAUUCAACAGGUGGUUUGACAAGCAUGAGAUCAUUGUAGAUUCCGCCGGUGAGAGUGGAUUCAACGGUGAACACUCUAUGCUGGAUGGUACCCCCACUCUCCGUCUUAACGAAUUUAUGCUCGCUUCUUUGGCCAACCAGAAGAUCCCUCUAGAGCUUCCCGAGGGCGAGCGAAACAGCGCAUCCAUGCCCGAGCCCGAGGAAGUGGUCUUUGAGCUCGACGCCAAGACCAAGCAGAUCGUUGAAGAGUCCAAGAAGGGCUUCUCCGAAGAGAUGGCUAGACAGAAUCUCAGUAUGGUGACCUUCAACGGCUACGGCAAGAACUUUAUCAAAACCCUCAAAACCUCCCCCGACGCCUACUCCCAACUCACUACUCACCUCGCAUUCUACCGCCUCUUCAACCGCUCCCCCACCACCUACGAAUCCUGCCAAACCCGUAAAUUCCUCUACGGCCGUACCGAAGUCAUCCGAGCCACUUCUUCCGAGGCGCAAGCUUGGGUCAAGAGCAUGCUGGAUGGAAAGAAGAGUGACGGGGAGAGGAGGCUGUUGUGGGAUAAGGCGGUGGGGAGGCAUGUGCAGUAUGCCAAGUGGGCGGCGGACGGGCAAGGGGUGGAUAGGCACCUGUAUGGGCUCAAGAAGCUGGUCAAGGAGGGCGAGGAGAUGCCUGAAAUCUUUACCGACCCGGCGUACGCCAAGUCGUCCAACUGGGAGCUAUCGACGUCCAACCUCGGCUCGGCCUUCCUCGACGGCUGGGGCUAUGGCGAGGUCGUGCCCGAGGGCUAUGGGGUGUCUUACAGUGUGGGCGACAAUGAUAUGAAGUGGGGUGUCACGACGAUGAGGAAAGAUGUGGAUGCCAAGAAGUUUGGGCAGGCAUUGCAGGAUGCGGCCAAGGAGGUCGGAGAGAUGAUGGAGAGGUCGAAGAAGCUCGCAGAGAGCAAAUAA